AACCUGAAUUUGAUACGAUGGAACAAAUUACCUUAUUUAAUAAAGAGAAGACAUUAGUUUUAGUUGGACGAACUGGAAAUGGUAAAAGUGCAACUGGAAAUAGCAUUCUUGGAAGAAAUGCCUUCAAACUAAGAAUGUGUUCUUCUAAUGAAUCACGUAGUUGUGAAUUACAGAAAAGUGUUACAAAAGAUGGUUCAGUUAUUAAUGUUAUCAAUACUCCAGGACUUUUUGAUGGAAGAGAUUAUGUUGAAAAGGAAAUAAUUGAAUGUAUUGACGUUGCCAAAAAUGGAAUUCAUGCAAUUCUUGUGGUGUUUUCUGUUAGAACUCGUUUUUCUGAAGAAGAAGAAGCUACUUUACGUAUUGUGCAAACUUUGUUUGGACAUAAAAUUAUUGACUAUAUGAUUCUAGUUUUCACUGGAGGAGAUGAACUUGAAUAUAAUGAAGAGACACUAGAUGAUUAUUUAGGUCAAGAAUGUCCUCAACCUCUUAAGGAUAUUUUACUCCAAUGUGACAAUCGCAAAGUGCUUUUUGAUAAUAAGACUAAAGAUGAAAAUAAGCAAUUACAACAAGUUCAGCAACUUCUUAAUCUUGUGAACAUGGUCAUAUCAAAGAAUAAUGGACAACCAUAUACAAACAAGACAUUUGUGAGAUCACAG